AACAUGGAUUUGAAACUCAUUUCCACCUUUCUCUGCCUUGUCCUAUUGCAUUCAUCAAAAGCAUUUGGUGACCAUUUCACUAAUCAAAUUGAUUUUGAAACCUAUAUAGUACGUCUUGAGUUUCAUGAUCAAGUUCUCUCUAAUUCAAAAGAUUUGCAUCUUUUGCAUCAAUCAUUUUUGCCUACAAAUUCAAAUCAUUCAUCACGCAUUUUAUAUUCUUAUCGUCAUGUGUUCAACGGCUUUGCUGCUGCGUUGUCAUCAGACGAAGUGAAAGAAAUGGAAAAGAAGCCUGGUUUUGUUUCAGCACGUCCGCAACGUGUAUUUCAGAUGCACACAACACACAGUCCAAGUUUCCUCGGCUUGCACCAGAAUGUUGGCUUGUGGAAUGCUUCCAAUUCAGGUAAAGGUGUGAUUAUUGGUUUAUUAGAUUCUGGGAUUGCUCCUCAACAUCCUUCAUUUAAUGAUAAGGGAAUGCCUAAUCCACCUGAUAAAUGGAAAGGCAAAUGUGAGUUCAAUGUUACAACUUAUUGUAACAAGAAGCUUAUUGGAGCAAGAAAUUUUGCGUUGGGAGCUUUGUCCCCUGCGGACGAAGAUGGACACGGAACACAUACUUCAAGCACGGCCGCAGGGAACUUUGUGGAUGGUGCAAACUUUUUGGGUAAUGCUAAUGGCACGGCAGUUGGCAUUGCGCCACGAGCCCAUGUAGCCAUGUACAGAGUCUGCAGUAUUGAUUGUCAAGAAUCCGACGUCAUAGCUGGACUUGAUGCUGCAAUUGAAGACGGUGUGGAUGUGAUUUCCAUUUCUCUUGGAUUAAAACUGCCUCCGCCUUUAUAUAGUGAUUAUCUAGCAGUUGGCACGUAUAGCGCGAUGGAGAAGGGGAUUUUUGUGAGUUGCUCCGCAGGAAAUAGUGGACCAACUACCGAUACUGUAAUAAAUGGAGCCCCGUGGAUUCUAACCGUUGGUGCUAGCACAACAGACAGAAAGAUAAGCGCGUUAGCAGUUUUGGGUAACGGAGCAAAGUAUGAGGGCGAAUCAACCUUUCAACCAACAAAUUUUUCACGAAAAUUGUUACCACUCGUGAAUGGUGAUGACUGUGAUGAUGUGUCGAAUUUAAGCCAUGUCAAGGGUAAAAUAGUGUUGUGUAGUGUAAGCGGUUAUCAAUCUAGAACUGACAAAGGAGGAGUGGUGAAAAAUGCUGGUGGUGCUGGUAUGAUUCUCAUGAACGAUGAUUCUCAUGGAUCUACAACAAUUUCAGAAUAUCAUGUCCUUCCCACAACACAUAUUAGUUACAACGACGGAAAAAUGAUCAUAAACUAUAUGAAAUUAGCAUCAAAACCAGUUGCAACAAUAUCAUUCAAGGGAACGAGGAUUGGAGACAAGCAUGCACCAACAGUAGCUUACUUUUCUUCCAGGGGUCCAUUUGAACCGAGUCCAGGCAUACUAAAGCCCGACAUCAUUGGUCCUGGAGUGAAUAUCCUAGCAGCGUGGCCAACCUCUAUAGAGGCCAAGACAGCAUCUACAUCUGCAUCAUCGAUGUUUCACUUCCUUUCUGGAACAUCAAUGUCUUGCCCGCACCUUGCAGGAGUUGCAGCACUGUUAAAGAGCACACAUCCAGAUUGGUCUCCAGCUGCAAUUAAAUCUGCAAUCAUGACAACAGCUGAUUUCAUCAACCUUGGAAACGAUCCAAUUCAGGAUGAAACACUUCAACCGUCUGAUCUAUUUUCACUCGGGUCAGGGCACGUGAAUCCGUCAAGAGCAAAUGAUCCAGGACUCAUUUAUGACAUCCAACCAGAAGAUUACAUCCCAUACUUAUGUGGCUUGAACUAUACAGAUGAUCAAGUCAGUGCCAUUGUGAAAAAGAAGGUACAUUGUAAAUCUAGCAUACCUCAAUCAGAGUUGAACUACCCAUCAUUUUCUAUUCCUAAGGAUCCAAGUGCUCAAACAUAUACUAGGACUGUGACUAACGUUGGAGAAGCAAUUUCAGCUUACGCAGUUAAAGUAUUUGGGCUCAAAGGCGUCGAGGUGACAGUUAAUCCUAAGAUCUUGAAAUUUACAGCGUUGAAUCAGAAGGCGUCUUAUAAUUUGACAGUUAAGACGUUAAAUUUUACAGCUCAUUCCGAGGGAUACAUAAUUUGGUCUUCUGAUAGGCAUUCUGUUAGAAGUCCAAUAGAAGCAUUUCCCCAUGUCAAUUUAAUUUAAUUUAAUUACAAGAGAAGACUUCUUAA